CCGGCCCGUGAGAGGUGGCUGCCCGUGGCCAGCGCUCUGGCGGCGGCGGGAUCGCGGUGGGCUGUCGCGAGCGGCCCCAUCUCCUGCCCCCGCUCGAACAGGGCGGGUGAGCGGGCGCUGCCGUCCGUAGGACCAGUCUUAUCUCUGCUGCUCGCAUUUCUUCUUCCGCCCCCCGCUCCUGGGUCGCUGCGGGCCUCGCGGGAAGGCCCCGUUCUCCGCCUAGCGUGGCCCUUUCGCGGGAGGAGUAUGAUGCUGUUCCAAUCCAGUCAAGCGUGGUGUUAUGCUCCUGUUCAUCCCCUUCAAUGGUGAGGAACCAAGCAGAUUCCAGCACUCCAUCUGUCAUUUCCACUUGUGGCAGCAGACAGGGAUCUAACAUGGAGGGAACGGCACCUGAAUCAAGAUCUAAUUCAAACUCCUUGCAGCAACAUACGGGACAGCAGCCUCCACAGCCUCGAAAGAAACGACCUGAUGACUUCAAAUUUGGGAAAAUUCUGGGUGAAGGAUCUUUUUCAACGGUUGUCUUGGCUCGAGAAUUGGCAAGUUCUAGAGAAUAUGCCAUUAAAAUUCUAGAAAAACGUCAUAUCAUAAAAGAAAACAAAGUACCGUAUGUGACACGAGAGAGAGAUGUAAUGUCUCGUCUGGAUCACCCUUUUUUUGUGAAACUCUACUUCACCUUUCAGGAUGAUGAAAAGCUAUAUUUUGGACUUAGCUAUGCCAAAAACGGGGAGCUGCUAAAGUAUAUACGCAAAAUUGGCUCAUUUGAUGAGACCUGUACAAGGUUUUAUACUGCUGAAAUUGUAUCAGCCCUGGAGUAUUUGCAUGGCAAAGGAAUAAUUCACAGGGACCUUAAGCCAGAAAACAUCUUAUUAAAUGAAGAUAUGCACAUUCAAAUAACAGACUUCGGAACAGCAAAAGUAUUAUCUGCAGAUAGCAGACAAGCACGGGCAAACUCAUUUGUAGGGACAGCACAGUAUGUUUCUCCAGAACUGCUGACAGAGAAAUCUGCCUGUAAAAGCUCUGACCUCUGGGCUCUGGGAUGCAUAAUAUAUCAACUUGUAGCUGGAUUGCCUCCAUUUAGAGCUGGAAAUGAAUAUCUUAUAUUCCAGAAGAUAAUAAAGUUGGAGUACGACUUCCCAGAAAAAUUUUUUCCCAAGGCAAGAGACCUUGUGGAAAAGCUACUGGUUCUAGAUGCUACCAACCGAUUGGGUUGUGAAGAAAUGGGAGGAUAUGGACCUCUUAAGGCUCACCCCUUCUUUGAAUCCAUUGUGUGGGAGAACCUACAUCUUCAGACACCCCCUAAACUCACAGCAUAUUUGCCUGCUAUGUCAGAGGACGAUGAAGACUGUUAUGGAAAUUACGACAAUCUCCUGAGUCAGUUUGGUUGCAUGCAAGUUUCUAGUUCUGCCUCUUCCCAUUCACUGUCUGCUGCAGAGACAAGUACACCACAGACAUCAGGAGGAAAUAUUGAACAGUAUAUUCAUGAUCUUGACAACAAUUCCUUUGAGCUGGAUUUACAAUUUUCUGAAGAUGAAAAGAGGUUACUUCUGGCAAAACAAGCUGGUGGAAAUCCUUGGCAUCAGUUUGUAGAGAAUAACUUAAUCCUAAAAAUGGGUCCAGUGGACAAAAGAAAGGGAUUGUUUGCACGUCGGCGCCAAUUGCUGCUUACAGAAGGGCCUCACCUGUAUUAUGUGGAUCCUGUCAACAAAGUUCUAAAAGGAGAAAUUCCAUGGUCUUUAGAGUUGCGUCCAGAAGCCAAGAAUUUUAAGACAUUUUUUGUUCACACACCAAACAGGACAUAUUACCUGAUGGACCCAAGUGGGAAUGCUCAUAAAUGGUGCAAAAAGAUACAUGAAGUUUGGCGGCACAGAUACCACCAGAAUGCUGCAAAAUAGUAAAGCUCAUCCAAAAUUUCCCAGUUUCCCUACUUGCUGCUAGAACUCCGUGUGCAGCCGAUCAGAGGAAUCUUUUCAACCCACCUAUUACCAUCUCAAGGGGAAGCAUACGUCUGAAAUGUUCUUGGGAGGUUUUU